AUGCCGUUGGUUCUUAAGAGGCUAGGUUACACCCUGGCCCCUGGGGAACGCUUUACAGGAGAAGAUGAGGCAGUUGACGAGGGCCUUGAGAAUUACGCCAAGUCUGAAAUUAACCGCAAAGAGGGUACGCUUGAAAAAAUAAUUGUUCCCGCAAGUUAUAAGCGACAGUUGGCACCUUCUAAUAAUAAUUUAGAAAUUCUAUCGAAACUAGGACAAAUGGAAUGUGAACGUGGGAAGGGGAAUAACGAAGAUAACGGGAAACUUGAAGGGCGUGACGACAAAAAGUUGAAAAGUUUUUUGGACAAUCUGACUAUAGUUGGAGAGCUGUGCUGCGACUAUAACGUCGACCAAAAGAAGCUAGAAUUCCACUUGAAGGAGCUGGCAACGUCGUUUGUCAAACAAGGGUUGAAUCAGCUGAGUGACUUGAUGGUCACUUUCAACAGGCCUGAUGACUUUUACGCUGAAAUGAUUAAAAGUGACGAGCACAUGUCGAGGAUUAUCAAGGCACUGGAGGCCAGGAAUAACGAGCUUACGAAGCAGGCAGUUGCCACCAUUGGCAAAAGGGCUAAAAAGUCUAUUGGCAAGUUGAGCAAGAAACAGUACCAGUUGCAGCAAAAGAACCAGUUUAUCAAGAAAGUCAAUGUCCUUAAGAAGAAGCACAAGGGUGGUGAUAUCGACAAGUACCUUGACGAGUUGAUCUCAGAUGUUGGCGCCCCUAGGCGCAGAGGAAGACCCAAGGGUUCCAAAAACAAGACCACUAAGGCCACUGCCGCGAAGGCAGCCGGGAGCACUGGUGCAUCCAAAACGUACAAAAAGAGCAAAAAGGCCACUGCCAAAGGUAAGAGGGGCCGCCCCCGAGGAAGGAAGAAGAAAUCGGAGUCAGCUGGCAGCGACAAGGCCAUCAAGAAGGGCAAAAGGGGAAGGCCCAGGAAGAGCGACGUUGAGAAGAGGAAGGGCCACAAAAGACCAAAAACAUAA